AUGGGUGACAACUGUUCAAUCCCUGCCAACGCGUGUAACGAUCACAUCCGAAAUCCUUUACUUCCCAAUGGUGGUCUUCCAGUUGCGGGCAAUCAAGCCUGUAACAUCAAUAACGAUGGCAAUCGUUGCGUACCUUCAGUUAAUUCUGAUAUCGGUCCAUAUUUUACGUGCUUCUGCAGCGAAGACCGCUGGGUUGGUGAUCUCUCGUUGAGCUACGACAACUGUCAAAAGAAAGUAACAAAUUGUGACAAGAUGAUCUGCAUCCACGGUCAGUGUGUCGACAGCUUGGAUGGUAAAGAGGCCAUUUGUGUUUGCAAUGAGGGCUAUGAGGAUUCACCGAAUUGUGCAACAUUCACGGGUAUCUGGAGCACAUGGAGUCCCUGGGGUCAUUGCUUGCCUGCAUGCGGAACAGAACGAUGGGCUCUUCGAUCUCGAAAAUGUCUGUCUAGGGAGGGUGAACAUUCUGGAUGUCAUGGCCCCUCCAUCGAGUUCAGUGCAUGUGAUCCGCAUGCCUGUGCUGUUGAAGAGGAAAUCAUGGUCUCCCAGUACUUCGGAGCUCGAGAAGUAACCCUUCAAGCUGUUUUCGUUCUCGCCGCGGUCAGUGCUGUGGGACUGGCUCUCUUCUGGCGAUACAGGAUCUACCCAAGCCUCGCUAUUCGAAUUCGACAGAAUAUACAGAAGGCACAAGAGAAAAACGAUUAA